AGGAUAGCAGCUGAAAUGACAUUUCGCAUUCGCAUCAAGGAUUUCAUUCUACAUUUUUCACAAGGACCAAGUUCAAAAUCAAAAAAAUUCGUCUAAUUACCUAAAUAAAUUUUAUUCCAAAAAGUAAUAAUAAGGAAUAAUAUAAACAUUAAUAAAUAUGUCUAUAUUAGAUUAUAAUUAUAACGGUUCCACCUUAACAUUUGAUGACCGAUUAAUCGAUUUGGUCAGGGCUCAUCCGGCCAUUUAUGAUGUGAACGAUAUAAAUUACAGACGAAAUAGUGCUCGUCAAGAAAUAUGGCACAAAAUAUCUCGAAUGCUUGGUGCUUCAUCAAAAAUAUGUCAAGUCAAGUGGAAGAACAUACGCUACAAUUAUUUAACUGAAAUCAAAAAUCCGAAAAACCCAAAUAUACGUCGAAGAAGAUUAACUCGAGAUUUGUCGUUUUUGAAGACGACGGCUUUUACAUACAAGAAAAAAGGUGAUCGAAAAUCAUCAGAUAGCAGUGGUUACAUUUAUAAGCCCGAUAAUCAAGAUGAUUUCUAUGAAAUUGUCAUGGUUGAACCGAGUGAAGAUGAAUCAACCGUUGGAAUGUCUUCUUAUCCCGUAGAUGACGAAGUAGAUGUUAAACCUACAAUAUUAGCUGAUGCUGAUUUAAGUAAAGUCACGGCAUCAGAUGAUACCACAGCAGAAACACCCACAGAAACUACACCGAUACCAACCAAAAGUCCAGAAAUCAAUGAAGUAGCAACAUCAUCUGUAUCGGAUUUCAGAUCAUCAAGUACACAGCGGAGAGAAGAAGAAUGGAAUCAGCCAACACGAAGAGAGUUGGAUCGCAAUGCUCCAGAUGCCAUUGAAAUGUAUUGCUUGUCAUUAGCUGAUUCAUUGCGAGCCAUGACAAGAAGUGAAAGAGAACGAGUCAAGUUUGAAUUUGCACAUAUUCUUAAAGAUGCUCAAUAUCAAGAUAAUAAUUAAUUUUUUUUUGCAUUAUUUUAAUUUUUCUAUUUAUCUGCGUGUGUCAUAAGUCAUAAUCAAUUAUAAGUCAUUAUUUAUACAUUCAUCUUUUAUUUAAAACUAUUUAUUAAAAUUUUAAUAUUAAGCAAUAAAUCGAAAGAAACGCUAGUAAUGUUUUUAAACCAAAAAAAGUUAUGUGUAUUU